AUGGCCCAGUCGUAUGCCACCAUGCUUUGCCCAGAGCUCAGGUCAAUGCCGAUGCCUAAGGAGAUCGGUCUUGCGACCAGAGUGUCAUUAUUAGAAGCAAGAUUCAGCCUUAUGAAUGAGAUGGAUCAUCGUGCGAAGAGCAAGGCGUCGCCAGGAGCAGGCUCUGCCGCGUCCAGUCCCGGGUCAACAUCUCAGAGCUUUCGAUAUAGCAGCAAGUACUCACAGUUACCUCCAGAACCAGUCCUUCGAUCUCUUCUCGACACUUUUUUUCGCUCGUGCCAGAAUCAGCCAUACGUUUACUUUCGCCAGGCGGUAUUCUACCGUCGACUGGAGGACAAAGAAUAUCCGGACUAUCUUCUUCUUGCCAUGAUCGCCCUAUCUGCCCGCUUCUCUGAUGAGCCCUUCUUUGAGUCUCAGCAGCUGGCGGCGGUGGAUUUCUACGGUCGAACCGCGUGGAGCGAGAUUUUUGACCAGGCUUUCGCCGACGACACCCAGCUUUUAGAUAUCCAUAUGGUGCAAGCAACGAAUCUUUUGGCCGUGGUAGAUUUCACAGCCGGUCGCCAUCGUCUCGGUUGGGUCAAGAUCGGCUUAGCGGUCAGAUUUGCGCAGAGUUUGCAACUUAAUACAGAGCCACGAUCGGACUUGCCAUUCGAGGAACAGGAUGAGAGGCGAUUGACAUUUUGGUCCGUCUACUUGCUUGAUAGACUAGCCUCCUGCGGUGCCUACCGGCCAUCGACGAUUGCAGACAGUGAUUGCUCCACCCUACUCCCUUCAGAUUGCCCCGACGCGCACCAGACAAUGCCUGGGUUGCGACUACUAGAAGAAAUGCACACUAUUCAUGAGACAAGACACAUGGAUCCUUUCACAUAUACGAUUCUCAUGGCGUCGGCAUUAGGAAGGGUGGAACGACAGGCACUCCAACAACAAGGAUCUACCGAUCGCUAUCCUCCCUGGGAUUCCCGAAGCGACUUUGCGGCCAUCUACAGCUUGCUUCUGAGUUUCGAAGGAUAUUCCAGGGUGACUGACGCUUCAGUCUCGGAUGCAGUUCGAACCCACUACCUUGACCUAGAGGGAUCAAUCGAUUAG